AUGUCCGCUACCGUCACCGAAACCACCACUAACCCCGUCCCCGUCGUCGUAGCGGCCGACAACAACACCACCAGCAAAACUCACAUCGAAGAUGCCGCCAACGACAAGGACUUCCAGUCCGUCGCACGGGGAAACCGUGCCGGAACGCUCAAGCUACGAGGUAUUCCGACCUUUAGUGAUCCUGCUGCUAAGCGGCAGUGGAUGAAGGAGCAUAUGGCUGCUGCAUUCCGAUUCUUUGGCAAGAAAGGAUAUGGGGAGGGUGUGUCGGGGCAUAUUUCUAUGAGAGACCCUAUUCUAAAGGACCACUUCUGGAUGAACCCCUUCGCCAAGCACUUCUCCACCAUCAAGGCAUCGGAUCUCGUCCUUGUUGAUGCAGAGGGAUAUGUCACCGAGGGCGGUGCUCAGCUACCUAUCAACGAGGCCGGAUUCAUGAUCCACUCGGAGAUUCACAAGGCCCGGCCGGAUGUUAUUGCUGCGGCGCAUACGCAUUCAAUUUAUGGGAAGACGUGGAGUGCGUUUGGAAAGCCGAUUGAGAUGCUUACUCAGGAUGCAUGCAAUCUCUACGGAAAGGUCGGUGUCUAUGAAGACCACGGCGGCAUUGCCCUUGCGCAGGAGGAGGGAGAGCAGAUUGCCCGUGCCCUAGGCAAGGACAACAUUGCUUGCAUUUUGCAGAACCAUGGUCUUCUCACCGUGGGCCGAACUGUCGACGAGGCGGCCUUCCUCUACUUCUCCUUGGACAAUGCCUGCCACACACAGUUGCUGGCUGAAGCUGCGGCCGCGAAUGGUGUUCCGAAGAGAAUCAUCUCGAAUGAGGUAGCGAAGUAUACUGCUGAUGUUGCGCAGAAUCAUCACAACUUCUAUACCGAAUUCCAGCCCGAGUACGAGUUGAUCGUUGAAGAGACUAACGGAAGGGUCCUGCAAUAA